UGUCGUCAAAACAUUAUUUUUUCAACUUGUCGCAACGUUAUCUCCUUUUACGUCGUGAAUUUUCGAAAACUGGCAAUCAAUGAUCAACGAACGAAGAGGAAGAAUGAAGAAAAAAUUGUGAGGAGUUCAAUAAAGCGAGAGACGAAUCAGAGUAAUAAAAAUGUGCAAGAAAUUAACAAGACUGUCAAAGUGUGCAUCAUUGGCGGAGGAGUAACACCUCUUUAUACCGCUGUUCUUUUGAAACAAUAUCAAAUAAUUAAGGGGAUGCUGGAGUUGCUAGUGAACUAUUUUUUCACUAUAGAAAUGUGCCCGUGGAGGCUGGUGGCCGCUCUCAGGUUUCUCUCUGGUACGAGCAUGUCCGUGCCAUUGGCUGGUGGCGCCGACUCGCGCACCAUCGUUCCGCUGCUAUCACGAGCCGUGCCGUUCAAUCAAUUCACGAACGCGCAGCGUAAAACCCUGCUGCAAUCCUUCCGCACUGGUGACGAAGCGACGACGGAAUCUGUCGAUGAUGAUGGUCCAUCGUUAUCGUCCGGCACGGCUGCCGCAAAGUUAAUAAUCGCCCUCGCGUCUGGUCUAUGCGGAUUCGAGCACGUUAUCACUUGCGCUUACGCGCGAUCGAACGUACUACCGAUCUGCCGAUUUUUCACCAGCCAAGUGCAGCUGGGUCCGGAAGGUAUCAAGAGAAACUUGGGCUUGCCAAAAAUUUCGCCCGCGGAAGUGCUUCUUAUCGAGCAGGCGAUACCUCUUAUCAAUGAGCACAUAGACACUGCGAUCGCGGCAGUACAGAAUGAGAGGAUGCGAGCAAAGACACGAUAACGAAUCAUCAAUUUCAGAAAAGUCUAGCAGAGAAUUAGAUUGUCGAAUAUCGGUCCCAAUAUGCUUCAUGAACUAUGUCUCUUCCCAGGCAGCACAUAUUGGUUUCAAAACCGUUUCAUAAACGUUUUGCCGUAACGUUUCAUGACUAUUUUAUUAAAAC